GCGCGGCUUGGGCUGGAGGAGACAGAAUGGAGACCGCGAUCGAAGAUCCGGGGCUGGACCGCGGCCCGACGCUGACCUCGUCCUGGGAUGCGGCAUGCGGGGCGCUGACCCAAAGCCUCCUCCUUACCCGGAUUGGGCCAGCUGCCCAAGACUUGAACUUCGAGCCGCUGCUGGCGCCGCCAGCUCCGGGCUCUGAUCUGGUGAGCCUGAAGAGCAGCCUGAGCUCCCGAGAUGAAAAUCCCUGCUUCCUUUACUUGAAGUGUGGACCUAAUGGGGGUGAAGAAAUCCUUUCUGUUGGCAUUCUGAGUUCAGCAAGAAACAUGGAAGUAUACUUAGGAGAGGAGUAUUGUGGAACCAGUCGGGGCAAGAAUGUCUGCACUGUCCUGGAUGACAGUGAACAUGAAAAGAUUCUGUUGUACAAAAAAUACCUAAAAUUGGAAUCUCCCACACAUGCUUGUAAAAUAAAGCUGCUGUCCUUCGGUGAAAAGCAGUGUGUGCUCAUCAGUAAAGUUGUGGUGCACGUGAGACCAAGGUCAGCCAAUCCUUCACCAAGCUCUUCUGCUCUAGGAUCUCGGAUAGACCUCGACAAUAUCCAAACCAUAAUGGAGUCCAUGGGGUCAAAGUUAUCUCCUGGCGCUCAGCAGCUGAUGAAUAUGAUUAGGUUUCAGCAGCAGAAAUGUCUUCCCAUUGGAGACGAGCUUCAGUCGGUGUUGGGAACCACAGGAUACAAGCAUCUGAUCGCACUGCAGUCUCCGCCUUCUUCAGGAGUCUUAGAUAAGGCGUCUUCUACUCCGUUUCCUUUUAGAACUGGAUUGACACCUUCAGCCAUCUCUGAAAAUUUAAAGGCUCUUAUUGAUAAAAGCACACAGCCGCCUGGAGAAGGAAAUACCACCAACCACGAUGAGUGUCACCUUGUACCACAAAACCAUUCCCUUCUUGAAAGUGAUCUUAAAAACGCAGUGUCUUCUUUCUUACCGAAGAAGGCAAGUGGGCACUCAAACGCGCCCAACUCUGAGCUGCUGCCUUUUCUGCAGAAUUUAUGUAGUCAGGUCAACCAUCUCCGUGUGGGACAUAACGCCGCCAGGUGGCAAGAAAACGUCUCCAAGCCCCGAGAGAGCAUCGUUGGUGUUUCGAUGGAAGAGCAGCCUAUUUGCUCCUACUUGGAAAAGAUUCUUUCUAAAAACAUGGAACUGAUGGAAAAGAAGCUUAUGGACCACAUUGAUGAGAGGAUCUACCAGCUUCAGGAGCACAUAGAUGCUAAAAUGGCUUUGUUAGUGGACUUGCUGCAAAAUCCCAGCUCCCCACCCCCAGGGAUGCCUCUAAGACACUAUGACUCCAGGGAAAGACUUUCCAAUGGAGAGAGAUAAGCUAUCGACAUGCACAAUUAUUGCAGAUAUUUAUUACAUAUUUAUUUCAAAGCCCAAAUCCAAAAAGGUUAUGGAAAUCAAGUCUUGAAUAUCCUUUGAAGGAUUGUUGUCGUACGUGGUGACCUCAGUGCUAUUUUCAUGGCAUUUGUUAGUGUAUAUCCAGGUCUGUGCACAACAGCCACCCUGAUGCAGUCCUAAGUUAUUUUGCUUGCCAUAGUUCAUUCUUACAAAAAUGUGUACUUGUAUUGCUCCAGUGUUUGGGAUGUGUAAGAACUUCUAGUGCAGUUCAUUAGUCUGUAUUGUAUAUUACAUAUGUUUGAAGUGAAUUUUUUAUUUAUACAGAUACCUACCUAUGAAAUACAGUCUCAGGAGUAUGAAAGUAAUGUGAUGAUUUUUUCCUAAUUAUUUUUGGAAAGUUGGGUACCUGAACUCUUCAUUCUCUGAGAUGGAUAUGUGCAGCGCACGGGCUGUCUGGGAUAGUUUACAGAGCGAGGGGAGUGCUGCUGUUCAGUACAGCGCUGCUGUAGCUUGCUCACUUUCAGCCCCACUAUUUCAGGUGUGGUGCUGCGGGGAAAAUGGAAGGAAGCUCUUUUCUGGAACUGGCAGUUCCUUCUCCCGGAGGCCUUUUCUAGCAUGUAUGAUGUGUGACAUUCUGAAACUCUAAAACGAGGAUUAAGAUAGAUGAAUCUAGGUGUUUACAGUCUUCAGCAGACUGAAUUUUCAGAACUAACUGUUACAUCCUUUUCGGUAAUACAGUUGUACCUAAAUACAUCUGCUCUUAAGACCACCUGGAAGUGAAUAGAACUCUUUUUAGCUAAUUUGCUUAUGUUUUUUUUUUUUCUCUCUCUUUUUCUUUUUUCUUUUCUCUCUCUCUUUUCUUUUUGUAAGAGCAGGGGUAUUUCGUACUUAUCUAUUGUUUGGGCAAACUGUUCUUUAAAAUGCCUGUUGGUUUUGAGCACGGCAGAGAUGACACAGCACGUAGGUCACACCACACUUUGGCUGGUCUUUGGGCUGUGGUUGUCGGGAUAGUCAUACCAUGUGCAGAUGUAAGAUGUACUUCCUGAUCAGUGAGGGCCAGUCCACUCACUCACGGCUCCAGUCCAUGGUUUUGCUGCUUUCGGUAGCUGUGGUUCUCACAGAACACCAUCCAUAACUUAGUAGUGCCCCAGGCCCAUAAAUCAUUAGCUGGGGCUGCCCAGGUCAGCAAGAUGGGAUGAGACCCCUAACUGAAGGCUUUGAAACCAUCUUCAUCUCAGGCUGACACACCUUUCCAGCCUCAUCUCUGCUGCUGAACCCUGCAUUUUCAUCUCUGAUCUUUGUGACACAGGGAUUGACCAGGGAGCAGGAAGGGGCCCAUGGGAAGAAGUUACAGAAAAGCAAGAAGUGUGAAAGAUGGAAACAUCUCAUAAACCGUACGAUGUCUGUCACAGUGUAACACGGACCCUGAGGAAUUACAACCUCUCCAGGAAAUUCUGUAUUGGGGAUGAGAAUAGCCUGAAGGCCACCAGAACAGGCGCUGUCAGAAGAGAUGGCUCACAGUUCUGAUAAGUUCUUUCACAGCUAGGUCUACAUAUGCGUAUGUAUACUUGUUUCCUGGCUUUUGUUUCUUCUUCUCUGUAGAUUGUAACACUAUUAUAGGAAGAGUAAGGAGAAAGGAACAUCCCCCCACCCGCACGCUCCCCUGGUUCUGAUGAAAAGUGUAAACAAAACCCAUUUCCCUUUUCUGUCUCUUGACUUUUUUAGUGGCUGGUAGCGGAACCUCCAGAUUUAGAUAACAGCUUGAUAUGGGAUCCAUAAACAUCAAACUGGGCUUUGGGUUGGGAAAAAACAAAAAAAUCCUUUAACUGUGGACAUCGUGCUUGGUCUUGUGCUGUGCACCCUGAUGUAACAAAGAAAUGAAAUAUUCCUAGUCAAGAUAGUUUCAAAUACAACCACCAAGAAGAGCCUGUUCGUAAGGGCUCGGGAAGCCCUCCCUCCAUGCUGUGUGUACUUUUGCUCUGUAAUAAAACCGUCCUCUCUUUCCUUUCCA